AUGAAACGCGUUUAUAAGUCAGGUUGUGAAAAGAGGAAUAGGAAAAAUAAACAAUUGCUAUUAGAAGUCGGAUCUUCUUCAAAUCAAACAAAAAUUAAUUUUUUCCCUGUGCCUAAGCAUCAAUUUCGGACAGAAGAAAGCAAUAUUAUCAGAUGUCCAGAAGACACCCAAGACAGUCAAUGUGCUAGUUAUGUUGAAGACAUAAAUGUUAAUGAAACUUCUGAGCUGAACAUAAAUACUCAAAAUUCACAAUUUUCUCAAGUUUUUAAGGACUCUAUGGUUUGUACAAUUUCAAACUUUAUUCGUCCCUCAAUGAGUGAUUCUGUUACAGCAAAAAAUAAUUUUUUUAACAAGCAUCCGAUACAACCUUAUGUACAAUCAGGAACAGGUAAAGUUGACUUUAAAAGAAUAUACUUUAAACAACUGCCAAAUGGUGACAUUGUUCAGAGAAAAUGGGUGUCAUAUUGUAUCGAUACAAAUUCUUUACAUUGUUCCAAUUGCAUGGCAUAUGGAGUGCAUGGGAAGUAUGGAGAAAUUGAAACUAAAUUUAUAUCUGGUUAUAAAGUGGAUAUAAAAAUAAAUAAAUGUUUAUAUCGUGAUAUAAUAAUCCAUGAAAAUUCUAUUUUCCAUAAUAAUUCUACAAAUACAGCUGUCCGUUUUAAAUUGAAUAAAGAUAUUCAGUCAAUAUUAAAUCGAGAUGUUAUGGCAAAAAGGGCUCAACAAGUAGAAAUCCGAAGACAAAUAUUAAAGCGUUUAAUUGACAUAGUUUUGUUUAUUGGACGACAGGGAAUACCUUAUCGUGGAAAGCAUGAAGCUGCUCAUUCUUUGACUGACAAUAGUUUAAACCAUGGAAACUUUUUAGAGCUUGUUAAAUUUGUAGCAAAAUAUGAUACUAUUCUAGGACAACAUGUAGAUAAAUCAGUUACACUAAGUGAAAAAAACAAAAACAAAAAAGGCCGAGGAUGUAUGGUAACUUUUUUAUCAAAACACUUUGUAAAUGAAAAAUUAAUUAAGUCCAUAGGAGCAGCUAUUCAAGGAAAAAUUGUUGAAGAAAUUGUUGAAUGUAAGAAAUUUAGCAUAAAGUUUGAUAGUACUCAAAACGUGAGCACUAUGGACCAGCUUGCAAUUUGUGUUCGUUAUAUUUUUACCGGAAUCGUACAAGAACGGUUACUAAGUUUGGUCAUUUGUAAAGAUUCUAGAGGUAUAGCACUUUUUAAAUUGUUGGAAGAUAAUUUAAAACUUCAUGGUCUAUUACUUGAAGAUAUUGUGGCAUGUUCUUUUGAUGGAGCAGCUAACAUGAAGGGGAUAUAUCAUGGUUUACAAGCAUAUUUAAAGAAAGUCAAUCCAGAUAUUGUAUAUACUCACUGUAUGGGCCAUGUUUUAAAUUUGGUAAUGAGCGAGUCUACAAAUAAUUUACAGUUGGCAGAAGAUUUAUUUGGGUUAAUUGAACAAUCAGCAGUGUUCUUAACCGAUUCUCAUAAGCGAAUGACAACAUGGAUGAGUGUUACAGGAGAAAAACAUUCUGCACAUGGAAAACUCUAUCGUUUACAAAAAAUUGGUGCAACUAGGUGGUGGAGCAAAGAAAAAGCUUUGUCUUCUAUCAUGGAUUUACAAAUGAUUGAAGAUAACAAUGAAGUUGAAAAUAGUAAGUUUGUUACUUUAUUAGAGUUUUUAGUUGCAGUCUGCAAAGGUAACUUUAAUGUUCAGACUAAAUACAUGGCAAAAUCUUUAAUAACUAAUUGGUCAAAAUUUGAAACAAUAUUAAUUGCUAAUUUGUUGCUUGAUAUUUAUGCAGUAACAAGUCCUAUAUCAGUUUAUUUGCAAACUAAAUCUAUUAACUAUUUACAAGCUUGGAAUAUGAUUGAAACUUUACAAAAGAAAAUUGAAAAAAAAAAGAAAUGA